GGGAUGUAUGCAUGAGAUGAUGGAUGACUUGAGGCAUAAUAUCAACAAAUUUUUUGAUACUUAUACACUGGAGAUUAUACGGGGAUAUCCAAAGAGAACGAGAACGAUAGCGCGUACUCAGAUAGACCUGCGCUGCAACUUCAUGCAAGAGUCUUUGCAGUAGCCGAAAAGUACGAUGCGAAAGACUUAUGUAAUCUAUCAGCAAAGAAAUACUUCUCUAGGCUUGAGAAAGACUUCAACGUCGUUGAUUUUUUUACAGUCUAUCCCGGAUGUCUAUCAUUUAACUGCCCCACAAGUUCAGACACUUAAGGAACUUUGUUCUACAUUUUGCCCGAAAGAGCCUUGCUAACGCUGUGCGUGACAGCCCGCAUUCCAAGCUCUAUGAUGAUAUUUCAUCAGAAGUACC